AUUCGUACUUUGAAACAGUCCACAAAGUCCCCCAGAAUCAACAAGUCUGCAACUCUUCGCUUUGCACAGUAACAACAUACUGGUCACUCAGCUGCGUCAUUGUAAUCGGCGAUGGCGACCACAACUUCGGGCCUAUCGACCACAAACAGUGCCACGACCAGGGAGGUUGAAGAAAAUUAUGGUACAGAGAGAAUCGAGACAGCGAAGCCGCCCUUGACCCACACUACGACUAAUAUCUCUCUUUCUCCUGAGCUUUUCGAGAAGCUCUACCUCGCACCAAAGGUACCACAUGCUACGGAGCAUAUACAGCGAUAUGCAAAUGCAACACCUUUGGGUUUCGUUGGCUUCGUUAUUUCGACGUUCACUUUCAGUAUGGUCUUGAUGGGUUGGGGAGGAGCUAGCGGACUACCAGCAGUUGCCGGCAUCUUCUUCUUCACCGGUCCAGUGCUCCUUCUCCUCUCCACAAUCUUUCUUUGGAUCCAAGCCCAAUUCUUCCCGAUGAUGGUCUGCGGACUAUUCUGCGUCUUCUGGCUAUCCUUUGGCCUUUUGCAGCUCCCAACACUAGGCUUAGCUACCGCGUACUCCGCAACUGGAAAUGCGGCGGAGGGAGCAAUUUCUAAAGAAAUGAAUGCAGUGGUCGCACUAUACCUACUCGUCUGGGGGUUUGCUCUGGGUACGUUCUGGCUGUUCACGAUCCGUAUCAAUGCUGUGUUCGCUUCCAUAUUCUUGUUUGUCACCCUGGGCUCAUGGGUGUUGAGCGGAGCCUACUGGAAGCUGAGCCUAGGGGAUUUCGAUCAGGCACUCAAAUUACAAAAGGCUGGAGGUGCGCUUUUGUUCAUUGUGGCGCUACUAGGAUGGUACAUGAUUGUUGUCAUGAUGGCUGCAGAAAUGCGCUGGACAGUCCGACUACCAGUCGGUGAUCUCAGCCACUACUGGAAGCGGACGGAUGUCGAAUUGGCGGCUUUGGAAAAUGAGAAAAGGGAUUAGGUGAAUACGCUUGUCGUUUCGGCUCGUCGGAUGUAUAAAUGAUACGUCCAACGAGAGAUGGUUACUGUGGAGUAUCAUAUGCUCAGACAUCGCCCAGGACGUAUUGGUGCCAGCCAUCCAAGAGAAUCACAAUUUA